UCAGAGAUCCUUUGAGACUGCAAAGACUAUUUAAAGAAGGAAGACGGCAUGAGAUAGGAUUCAGUGCAGUAAAGUAGGUUAGUUUGAGGACAAGAAAAAAAGUCAUUAUUUAGACCUUCUUGCGUUGCCGUGAUGAGAACUUACCAUUGCUUCUGGCUGCUGUUUUGGGCUGGUCAGCCCCACCAAAGUUUCUUAACUCCAUUAUCCAAAAGGACUAGUGGCUUUCCAGGAAAGGAAAAGGUUUUGGUAUUGUCUGGAAACAGCAGGCGGGACCUUCAUCGUUCCAAAAGGAGCUGGAUGUGGAAUCAGUUCUUUUUAUUGGAGGAAUACACAGGAACUGACUACCAAUAUGUUGGCAAGCUGCAUUCAGACCAGGAUAAAGGAGAUGGAUCACUUAAGUACAUCCUUUCUGGAGAUGGAGCAGGAGACCUCUUCAUUAUCAAUGAAAACACUGGUGACAUCCAGGCCACAAGGAGACUAGACAGGGAAGAAAAGCCUGUAUACAUACUCCGUGCCCAGGCUGUAAACAGAAGAACUGGAAGACCAGUGGAACCAGAAUCUGAGUUCAUCAUUAAGAUCCAUGAUAUCAACGACAAUGAGCCAAUGUUUACAAAGGACGUUUACAAUGCCAGCAUUCCCGAAAUGUCAGAUGUUGGUACCUUUGUUGUGCAAGUCACCGCAACUGAUGCUGAUGAUCCUACAUAUGGGAACAGUGCUAAAGUUGUCUACAGCAUUCUCCAGGGACAACCAUAUUUCUCCGUUGAAUCUGAGACAGGUGUUAUUAAAACUGCUUUGCUAAACAUGGACCGUGAAAACAGGGAGCAAUACCAAGUGGUCAUCCAGGCUAAGGACAUGGGAGGCCAGAUGGGUGGAUUAUCAGGAACCACCACCGUGAACAUCACAUUGACUGACGUAAACGACAAUCCGCCUCGCUUCCCCCAGAGCACAUACCAAUUCAGAGCUCCUGAGUCUAUGCCACCUGACUCACCGGUUGGCAGGAUAAAAGCUAAUGAUGCUGACGUGGAUGAAAAUGCAGAGAUUGAAUACAGCAUCACUGAGGGGGAUGGAUAUGACAUGUUUGGAAUUACCACAGACAAGGACACACAGGAAGGAAUUAUAACUGUCAAAAAGGCAUUGGAUUUCGAAAAUAAAAACCUGUAUAUUCUGAAAGUGGAAGCUACCAAUACUCACGUGGACCCUCGAUUCCUCUACCUGGGACCAUUCAAGGACUCAGCUACAGUCAGAAUUCAGGUGGAGGAUGUAGAUGAACCCCCCGUGUUCAGCAGACCAGCAUACAUAAUGGAAGUGAAAGAAGGUGUUCCAAUAAACACUGUAAUAGGAACAGUAACUGCUCAGGAUCCAGACGCUGCCAAGAACCCUGUCAAGUACUCUGUAGAUCGACACACUGAUAUGGACAGAGUAUUCAACAUCAAUUCAGGAAAUGGUUCGAUAUUUACUUCAAAACCCCUUGACCGGGAAACACUGCUAUGGCACAACAUUACAGUAAUAGCAGCAGAGAUCAACAACCCAAAACAAAGCAGCCGUGUCCCAGUGUUCAUUAAGGUUUUGGAUGUAAAUGACAAUGCUCCAGAGUUUGCCAUGUUUUACGAGACCUUCGUCUGUGAAAAUGCAAAGGCAGAACAGCUGAUACAAACAUUAAGUGCUGUUGAUAAAGAUGACUCUUACAGUGGACAUCAGUUUUCAUUCUCCUUAGCUCCCGAGGCAGCCAGCAGCUCAAACUUUACACUACAGGACAACAGAGACAACACAGCAGGGAUUUUCACCCGAAAAACCAGAUAUAACCGGCAUGAAAUGAGUACCUACUUCUUGCCAGUGGUAAUAUCAGACAAUGACUACCCUAUCCAGAGCAGCACUGAAACGGUGACUAUUCGAGUAUGUGCUUGUGACCAUCGAGGAAAGAUGCUGUCCUGUAAUGCCGAAGCCUUGAUUCAUCCUACUGGUCUUAGCACUGGGGCUCUUAUUGCCAUUCUUCUCUGUAUCAUUAUAUUACUCGUUACAGUGGUGCUGUUUGCAGCACUGAGACGGCAGCGGAAGAAAGAGCCUUUGAUUAUUUCCAAAGAAGACAUCAGAGACAACAUUGUCAGUUAUAACGAUGAAGGUGGUGGAGAGGAAGACACCCAGGCAUUUGAUAUCGGCACGCUGAGGAAUCCUGAAGCCAUAGACGAUAAUAAGUUACGCAGAGACAUUGUGCCGGAAACACUUUUUAUGCCACGGCGGACUGCAACAGCGCGAGAUAACACGGAUGUCAGAGAUUUCAUUAACCAAAGGUUAAAGGAAAAUGAUACAGAUCCAACGGCACCCCCGUAUGACUCGUUAGCAACCUACGCGUAUGAAGGUAAUGGUUCUGUGGCCGAGUCCCUCAGCUCCUUGGAGUCGGUGACUACAGACGGAGAUCAGGACUACGAUUACCUCAGUGACUGGGGACCUCGGUUUAAAAAGCUGGCAGAUAUGUAUGGCGCAAUGGACAGUGACAAAGACUCUUAAUAUGUUGCCU